AUGGAGCAAAAUAAUCCCUCUGAGGUGAAAAAAUACUUAGGGGUUGAUAUUGAUGGUACAUUUUAUGUAGAAGAUCCUGAAAAAUUCAAGAAUAACGUCGAGGCUUUUAAAAAUCUAAAACAGAAUAAUAUAGUUCCCUUUUUCUGUACAGGUAGGGUUCUUAGUAGCGCAAUGAAGGUUGUCGGUGAUAACUUUCAGGGUGAAACAGGAUACAAUGGUUAUCCUGGUGUUUAUGCCAACGGAGCAUUAGUUUAUGACUCUGAUGGAAAUAUAAUAAGUCAUUCAGAUUUUUCCGAAGAAUUCCUUAGGAAAUUCGUACAAUACAUUAUCGAAAAUAAUCUCGAUGAUAUCACAAUAUUUAAAGGAGCUGAUAAAUUCUACAUAAUCAAGGAUUUAAGGGAAGAUUUUAAAAAUUAUCCCAAAAGCAAAAAUAUUGAUAAUUUGAAACUAAUUACUCCAGAAGAAAUCGUAAAACAAAAAAUUUUGGCUAUUCUUCUGAGCAUUGACGCUAACAUAGAUGAUUUGCCCAGCAAAUUCUCAUGUGAAAUUUGCACUAACGAUAAAUCUUAUCAUUUAAGUUCUCAAAAUAUAACAAAAGCCUAUGGAGUAAAAAGAUUGCUGGAUUAUUUGGGAGUUUCACCCGACCAAUGCUCAUUUAUUGGGGAUGGAGAAAACGAUAUCGAAGUGUUAAAAUAUUGUAAACUAUCCUAUGCAGUCGGAAAUGCAAACAAUGAAGUCAAAAUGGCAGCAAAAAUUGUUUUAAAUGAAAAUUAUGAUCAGGGUGCUUUUGAAAAGGCUGUACAGCUCGUUUCAUCGUCCUAA